CGGCCACUGGGGGCGCUAUCCUCCUUUUAAUAAUGGACUACACCAACCUAGAGACUAUAGAGGAGCCAAGUGAACCCGGGAGGGGGAAGUGGAGUUUUCAGACCGAAGGAAGGAAAGAAACAGAGGAAGGGGGAACGAAAAAGCGCUCCAAAACAUCCAAAAUCAGGGGAGGGCGGUGGAUCGAGUGCUCUAAUUGACAGAGAAAUUACAAAAAAGAAAAAGAACCGCCUCGGAGGAGAAACACAGCCAAGAUGAUAACGCCGUAUUUCCUGGAAAAUUUCUGGGGUGAGAAAAAUAAUGGGUUUGAUGUCCUAUACCAUAACAUGAAACAUGGGCAGAUAUCCAGCAAGGAACUUGCAGACUUCAUUAGAGAAAGGGCUACAAUUGAGGAAACAUACUCCAGAGCAAUAACCAAACUUGCCAAGUCUGCCAGCAACUUCUCUCAGUUGGGGACAUUUGCUCCAGUAUGGGAUGUGUUUAAAGUGUCAACAGAAAAGCUGGCUUUGUGUCACAUGGACCUGGUGCGCAAAUUGCAAGAUCUCAUCAAGGAUGUGCAGAAAUAUGCAGAGGAACAAACCAAAGCCCAUAAGAAGACUAAGGAGGAAGUGGCGCCCACGCUGGAGGCUGUGCAGAACAUCCAGACUGUGUCUCAGGCAUUGCAGAAAAGUAAAGAAAACUACCACAGCAAGACUCUGGAGCAGGAACGUAUGCGCAAAGAAGGUUCCACUCAGAGAGAUCUUGAUAAGGCUGGACUGAAGGUUAAGAAAGCCAGAGAACUGUACAAGUCCUACGUGGAGAAAUACGCCAGUACAAAGACUGAAUUUGAGCAAAAAAUGGCAGACACAGCACAGAAGUUUCAGGACAUUGAAGAAGGCCAUAUUCUUCAAAUGAAGGAUAUCAUCCAGACAUAUUCUCACUUGAUUGAGGACACACACAAACAGAUUGGAGAGGUGCAGAAAGAGUUUGUGAAUAACAUGGAGAACACGUCUGUGGACAGUCUAUUACAGAAACUGGCCGAGAGCAAAGGGACCGGCAAAGAAAGACCAGGACCCAUUGAGUUUGAGGAAUGCAAUAUAUCCGUUACUACAGAAGCUGCUAAACCCAAAAGGAGGAAGGCCUUUGCCAUUCCUGGGAGAAGAAAAGACAAGGAUACAGAUUCCACUGAAUCUACAGAAGUCGAAAGUACUAACACUGCUAACGGAGCUCCCUCAGAUAUGUAUGGACCCAUAGAUUUUCAAAAUGCUAAUGUGCCUCAGGUGGAUGAAGAGGGUUUCUGUAUCAGACCGAAUUCAACGAAAAUGAUAUCCUUAAUCAACAACAAUUCUUCAUCCAGUGAUUCAGACGAAGAAGAUGAGCGCAGGAAAUUUCAUGUGGAAAUCAAACCUGUGCUCCCAAACAGUGGCACACAGCAGCACUCGGCCACCAUUGAUGAGCUGAAGGCUUCUAUCGGAAACAUCACCCUUUCCCCCUCGUCUACGGUCUAUAUGAGAAGAAACCAGUCUAGAAGCACAAGACUAAGCACACAAUCUUCUUUAGACUCAAAUGCAUGUGAUGAAUUAGGAAGAUCAAGAACACAGCAAGCCCCAUAUACAGAUAGACUGACCAGCAAUGAUCUGUUGUCUCUGGACCCGUUUGGCCCCAAUUUCUCUGGUGCUGCUUCAUCUGUGUCCUCCUCUGCAGUUCCUCCCUCCAACAGACCCACAACCCCUCUGGGCACAGCAGCAAUCAUUCCUCCUCCUCGACCCUCUUCACGUCCCAAACUGCCUACUGGCAAACUGACUGGCAUCACUGAGAUUGCACGGCCAUUCAGCCCUUCUAUGGCAACCAACUCCAGUCCUCAGCCUACUGCACCUCUAGCCCGGGCGGAAAGCUCCUCCUCUCUAAGCUCCAACGCCUCGCUGAGUGCAAGUAACACACCCACUAUCGAGGAUGAUGUGUUUGUGGCGAAACUGCCUACAUUUGAGAAGAGGUGUGAAACUCCAGCAGGAACAUCUCGCGGCCCCAGCCCUGUCACAUUAGCAUCCCAGGAUUCACUUCCCAUAGCUGUUGCUUUCACAGAGUCAGUCAAUGCCUACUUCAAAGGAGCUGAUCCUAGCAAGUGCAUAGUGAAGAUCACAGGAGACAUGACCCUUUCCUUUCCCUGUGGCAUCAUUAAGAUCUUCACAUCCAGUCCCUCACCAGCUGUACUCAGCUUCAAACUCAGAAACACUAGCAAACUGGAGCAGAUACUACCAAACCAGCAUCUUCUACACAGUGACUCCUCGCAGAAUGACACAAACUUUAAAGAUUUCUGGAUGAACAUGCCUGCACUGACUGCAUAUCUCAGAAAGGCCUUUGAACAGAAUCCGGCAUCCUCUUACUACAACGUGGACAUCCUCAAGUACCAGGUGUGUUCUAAUGGGAUUCAGUCAACGCCGCUAAACCUGGCAGUGUACUGGAAGUGUGCACAGAGCACUACAGACCUGCGGGUGGAUUACCACUACAACCCUGAGGCCAUGCAACCGCCUGGACCACUCAGUAACGUGCAGGUCCUCGUUCCUGUCAGCGGGGGUGUCACCAACGUGCACUCGCUCCCCACUGCCACCUGGAAUCCAGACCAAAGUAAGUCCUUAUGGAAGCUGAAUGACAUCUCUGAGAAGUCUGAAAAUGAAGGUUCUGGCUCGCUGAGGGCAAAGUUUGAGCUCUCGGAUGGUCCCUCAAUCCCAGCGACUCUGGCUGUUCAGUUCUUUAAUGAGGGUAGCACAAUUUCUGGAGUAGAAUUGGAACUGGUCGGAUCUGGUUAUCGACUCUCGCUCAAUAAGAAGCGAUUAGUCUCUGGGAGAUAUAUGGCGGAUUGCUGAGACGUCAUAUCAGAGGAACAUCUGAUCAAAUUAUCGAAAAAUUAAAGGAUUACUUUUCAUUAUCAUUUUACUUUAUCCUCUCUCAUCAAUAUGGAGUUUAAUGGAAAAGAAAAGAAGUGUCACGCUGGUUGCUUCAAUGCUUUUGAAUAUCCUGCCAUCCAACCAAAUGGGGAAGAACAAACUUUUUACUACACGUUUUAUUACUCAUGUAGCACUGAGAAUCAUACACUGUCUAAAAAAAAACUAAUAAAGAAAACCAAUAAGGAAUGUCGGAAUACUGAAGAAUGAGAAAGUAAAAAGUAAUAACCUGAUAUUUAGAAUUUAUUUUUGACUUUUACAUUGUGUUUUCACGUAUAGGCAACUUUUAACAUGGCAAUAUGAUAGAGAAAAUAUUCAGUGUAAAGCAAAAGGAAAUAGCAUAUCUGCACUAACAAGCUUCAAGGCCAUGUGUGUACACAAUGACCUUUAAUUUUUAUAUUCUUCUUUAUGUCUUGAUUAUAAAUUAAUAAAAAGAAAUUAUAAAAAAAUACAACAUAAAAUAAGGGGCGAGGAGGGAUACAAAAAAAUGCCUCCUACAAUGCGAACAUUUACAGUUUGUCCGGAAAUCUGCCAGUUCAAGACAGGCCUGAGUUCUUGCUUUAGACAAAAUCUUUGUAGCAUUACUAAUUGUUUUCUGGAUCAACCCUUAUCUUGACUUUACAGCAAAAAGCCUUUAUGUAUUAAACACAUAGUGGCAAAAAAAGUCAUAUUUACCCCAGGUUUUUUUUUUUUUGUAUCACAGUAAAAGUGCAAUGAAGGUAUAAGCUAUUAAAUUUGUAAUUUACAUUUAGUUUUUUUUUUUUCAAUGUCAGAAAUUCAGGUCAGUUAUGUGAUCAUUUUCAAAAACAAAACAAAAAGAAAAGAAACCAAAAAUUUGGAAACCUGACCUUAGUGCCUAUUUUCUAAGCGAACUCGAUGAUUUGUUCAAUUUCUUUCUCAACAACCUCAUCUUUGUUACUCUAAGUGAGCCAGUUUUAUUUUAUACUUUUUUACUGGAAUCCUGAAGGGAAAAUGCUUAUAAAUGACAACUUGAAAUUACUGCCUUUCUAAAAAAAAAUGUAGCAAAUCCUAAAAAAAAAAAAAAAAAAUCAAGAUUUAAAUGUGACGCAUGUAAAGACUUCCAGAUUUAAAUGUGACACAUCCAGAGCAGAUACAAUACAGUGUGUAUGUGUGUGUGUGUGUGUAUAUAUAUGUAUAUGUAUAUGUGUGUAUAUAUGUGUGUUUGUGUAUAUAUAUAUAUAUAUAUAUAUAUAUAUAUAUAUAUAUAUAUAUAUAUAUAUAUAUAUACUAUACAGUAUAUGUUGUCUUGCCCUCAAAAUAUAGAAUUGACGAUCUGAUGCCUUUUUAAACAGCCGAACAUGUUCAUCUUUAUCUUUUGGAUAUUUGCUGUAAUUUGGCGUGAUCCAUAUUGCUCUGAAUUAUUAAAUGACCGGUUUAUAGAUGACCGAUAUAUUCCUAUAUACCCAAAGGCACUGAGACGUUGCAGUGAAAAUGGGAAUCGGUUCCCAUUGUUGAUCCUUUUUUGAAUCUAUUACUUUAAUAAUACAGAAAUAUUUUACAGUAGCAUUAAAUAAUGUAUAAUUAAUUAUUAAUAUAGUACCAAAAUUUCAGCAAUUUUAUUAUUUUGUACCAAAACAUAGCAAUUUAAUAUCACUUCAGACUUUAGACACAAGCAUUGAAGCAGUUGCAUGUCUAAGUAACUAACCAUUCAAAACUGCUUAACAAAUACAAAGUGCUUUAAAGGGGCUAAACAGUGUUUUUCUUUCUUACAUUUUUUCUUUCUUUUUUUUUUCUUUUAAAUGGCUCUGUGCCUUAUAGCCUGUUCUGAGGGUCAACUGUCUUAAGGGCUACUUAAAAUAAAUCAGAGUGAUUAAGGCCUUAAAUAAUACAAAGGAUUGCUUGAUAUGUACUAAAAAAAUCAUAAUGUGUAAAUGUGUAAAUGUGUAACAUUCUAGGAAAGUUUUAGUUUUUUUUUUUUUUUCCACGGGAUAAUUUUUUAUGAAGUAACAAGGCACAGUUUUUUUUAUUAUUAUUCCUAAUCUUUACUGUUUUAUUGAAAAUGUUUAAGGUGUAUGUAAUUGUAUUCGAAAAUCAUUAAAGUGGUAUUGGGCAUUCAGUGUGGAGGCAGAUAUUAACCGGUGGACUUUAGGGUCAAAACUGAACUGUAAGACACGUUUUCUGUCCUGUAAAACUACAUGACUUAAAAUGUCGGAUUGUGUGUUUUAGCAAGCUGGUUCUUGCUGCCUCUACAGCCGUCAGAUAAAUGUGUGUGAAUGCA